AGGAAUGAUUCAUCUAGUAAUGAUGAGAAAGCUUCUCUUUUCUUGGAGACUAUUAAUGAUGAUCCUAUUAUGAUAUCUGCACUGAGAGAAGACAAGGAACAAUAUGAUAAAGGUAUCGCUGGGAAAGUGGAUUGGAACAGGAACAGGGUAAUCCUUAACUCUCCAUCUCUGGCUCAGUGUAAUGAAGUGAUUAGUAAUAUUACUGAUAAUCAUAAGAAAAUUGGUCUCCAUUCCUCAUCUACUAAUAGCACACUAUCUUUGUUAUCAUCAAGUAAGCUGUAUACACUAAACCUGAGGAGACUUGAGAUAUAUGGCUCUCCAUUAACUAAUGACUGUAUCCAGCACUUGUGUAAACUACUAACUAAUGAAACACUACCAGAACUAGUCAUCAGAUACCACUCCAUUAGUGACAGAGGAGUUAUUAAUAUUUAUGAAGCACUUGAACAUAACUCUACACUUAUCUUAUUAUCUUUAUCUGAUAAUCCUCUCAUUACAUCAAGCAGUGCAGAGGCUUUUUCUCACCUCCUCGACAAUAACUCAUCACUAAAAAUAAUUUAUCUAAGUUAUACCUCAUUGUCUACUGAGUCAAUACUCCUCAUUCUCAAGUCGCUAUCAUGUAACACAAAUGUUACAAAAAUCUGGCUAGACUUGCGACACAAAGAGACUUGUAUUAAGACCUUUCCUGACUAUCACCUCAUAGAAGGCAGAAUUAACUGGGGGUAAUAAAUCACUUUUCAUUGACUGAAAUCUCUUAAUUUUAUAUGCCUACUGUACAUGUAUACCAUAGUCUUUAUUUAUGCCUAUACUCACUAUAGUUAUUAAAUUAAUUUUUCAUUUUUUGCUUUAAUCAUGCAGAUUAUUGUUCCCCUAAUCAAAUAGGGUAUGCAUACAUUUACUUGUAUGUUAUGGCAUUGAAAAUAAUUACUACUUUGAUUGUGUUAUUAUAAUGACUAAUGUAUU